ACCGACGGCUCUCUUCCGCACCAACAGCCUUGUGAUGCGUAGAAAGCGCACAGCCCUGCGGUUUGGACGGUGUGCCCACCCCCCGCCGCUACAGGACCCUGUGUGCGCUCUGUGGUCUUGUGCGUCCCCCACACAGCAGCAUAGCAAGAGAGCUAGCAUGAGCAGAGAGAGACAGAGAAGCCCAAGCAGGAUACUUGCUCAUCACACAGCCUGAUGUGGGGCUUGAACUCACAACCUUGAGAUCACGACCUGAGCCGAAAGCAAGAGUUGGACACUUAACCGACUGAGCCACCCAGGUGCCCCUUGUGUUUUUGAUAAAAUAGUUUCUACUUAUGUUAUUAGUCUUGGUGCUGUUGUGAAUGAAGUGGUCUGAAUUUCAUUUCCAGGUGGUCAUUAGCAGGUAGAAAGAUCCUGUAUUUCUCUUACCGAUCUUGUGUCCGGGACCGUCAAACUCACCGGCCAGGUGUGUGCGUGUAUCUGGAUUCCGUAGGACCCUGUCAGCUGUGACUAAGAACGUGUUCGCUUGUUCUCUCCAGUCUGUGUACUACCCCUUUUCUGUUCCUUUCUGUGCCUCACUGCAAGCCCAGUACGAUGUGGAGUACAGAGGCGAGAGCACACCUCCCUCACCUGCUCCUGGUGUUGGAGGUGAGCAUUCGGCCCGUCACCAUGACUUCUGAUGCUCUGACAGGCGGAAUGAUGCUCUCGAAGAUACCCUGUCCUUCCGCCGGAAUCCGGACUGUGUCGGGUUACACGGGCAAAGGGAGUGGAGGUGCUGAUCAGCCUGGGAUAGUGAGACUAACGUGGGUUUUCCAGAUGGACCCAGUGUCACCACAGGGGUCCUUGAUGGUGGAAGCGGGGGGGGGGGUCAGGAAGGGCGGGCGUAGGCAGUGAGAGGACCCCAACCACGGGUGGGGAGUAGACAGGGAGGAGGCCAGGAGCCGAGGAACGUGGGCGCCUCCGGCAGUAGGACGCCUCCGGGAGUAGGACGCCUCCGGGAGGACGCAGCCCCGCAGGCACUGUGUCCGGCGUGGCCCGGGUCCGACUCAAGGCUGCCGGCACGAGGUCUGCGAGGAAACUUCGCACGGGUAUCUUUGAUCCUGAGGCCAAGGAAGCUGCCUUCCGCGGUUGGACACUUCUCACCACGAAUGUGCCGGGUUUCGUUCCUUGUUUCGCUGCGUCCGUUGAGUUGAUCCUGUGGAUUUUGUCCUUCGUUCCCCUAGGAUGGGCCGCGACAUCUGUUGGUUUUCAGGUUUGCGGCUGAUGGUGCAAAUGCUGCCGUAUUUGGGUUACUGAUGCUGUGUUACAAAGUUAACAUCUAGGUUCACCAGGGACACCGACGUCUUCUGUCAGGCCCAGGCUUGCGUCGCAAAGGAGCUGGGAAGCGUCUUUGAAAGAGUUUGUGAGUGAUGGGUGUUACUGACCGAACGCUCCGUGAAGUCACCAGGCUCUUCCUUUGUGUGAACUUUAGACUUUCUGUGUUAAUUCAGUUUCUUAUUACAGGUCUGUGGUGUUUUUCUGGUUUUUUCUGAGUCCAUUUAAAUGAUUUGUGUCUGUAGGAAUUCAUCUGUGUCGUUCACUCGCAUUCCUGGAGAGGCCUUGACGUUUAUUUCUGCAGGGUGGGUGGUCCGGUCCCGUCUCCCGCGUGAAUUCGGGAACCUGGGUGCUGUAUCACUGUGGGUCUGUCAACGUGAUGAUCUUUUCAGAGAGUUUUGGGUUUACUGUCCGGCUGAUUUCCUGUCUUCUUCUUCUUCCUUUGUGUUUCUCUUGCUCUUCUCUAGUUUCCUGAGGCAGAAGCCUUUUCUGUGCAGGUGUAGGAGGCCCUGGGCUUGUCUGUGUCUGACAGACGCUGGUGUCCACUUUUGCUUCUUUUGAUCCCCAAGCUUAGAGAUCUGUUACUUCACUUCUAAACGGGGGGAGGUUUUCCUCACUUCGUUCUGCCACAGGUAACUAAUUCCGCUGGGGUCAGAGGACGUACUUUGUAUGCGUUGGCUUCUGAAAACUUAGGACGACUUGUUCCGUGGCCGGAGUUGUGGUCUGUGCCUGAGGACGCCGCUGCGUGGGCCGUUCUGAACCCAGGCGGGUUCCGUCGAGCAGUCGCGCGCCGUGCUCCUUCCGCGUCCUUGGCAAUGGCAUCGACGCGGUCUGGCUCUUGCCGAGAAUUAAGACCUCUAAUCCUUACUGCUACGUUACUUAUCUUCCUUGCGAUUUCUCAGUUGUACUCUUGCUUACGCUGUACAUACGAAGUGUUCUUUGUCCCCAGGGGCUGCCACGCCCACUCAGUGGACAGGAGCCAUUUGCUGCUUCAUCAGAGGACUCUUAGAAAGUCAGGGCUCCAGGUGACACAUAAUUAUGACACCUGUCUGAGCUGGCAGCCGGGGAAGGAAGACACAGGAUGUGGUGUCCUGCCUCCUCGCCCCCCUCUCCCCGCCUACACACACCCACCUGGCCACGGUGGGACCCCAGAUGGGCUUGACCCCCACCUCUGCUAAGGGCUGACCUUUGAUGCAGACAGAGCCCCGGUGGCACAUGGGCACAGGUGUCUCGCCGUCUGGAUCUGUGGGCCCCGCACCAGACCACGUCCCAGGCCUCCCUGCUGCUCCGGCCCAGGAUCGGCAUCCUGGGGAGAUGGACCAAGAGCAGCCUCUGCUUUUAUGGUUUCACUGACACGUUAAUGAUGAAAAGUUCAGGGGGCUACACCACGAUGAACGUCCUCAAAGGCCCUGAAACACACACUCGGGUCACUGCUGUGAACCUCACCUGGUACACAGAGACAUGUGGUAGGUUCUGAUUAGUAAGGCCCGGUCACCGCUAAGACCCCAGCGCCUUCCUAGCUGGAGAGCAGCACCACAGCAGGGCAGACAGACCCCAGCCAGGAAAGUGGGCACACGGCCCUAGGGAGAGACUUCAGCACUCCUCCCCGGGCCGCGGGGGCCCUGGGCUCGUGCCCGAUGGGAGGAGGACGGGCCGCCUCAGAGCCCCUACGUGUCAGGGAAGAGGUGAAGGAGAGAAGCCAUGCCAGGCCCCAGCCACACCGCCGUGCCCCGCACCGCACGCUUCGGACAGGCUCCCAGCUUCGCAUCCGUGCUCAGAAAGGCGACACCUAGGAGCCCAGGAGGCGGGAGCCGCAGCAAGAGAUCAGCGAGCAGGAGGGCACCCCUGACCCCUUCAGGAAAUGCUGGAAGGAGGGUGCCUGGCUGGCUCAGUGGGGUGUGAGUUCAGGCCCCACACUGGGUAUGGAGAUUUAAUUCUUGAAAAGAGAAAAGAGAAAAUGUUGCAAAGAAAGACGUCUCCCCAAGUGGCUGAAACCCACGGAGGGACAGCCCAUAACCGUUUACGAAGGGAGCCGGUGGUGUGAAAAAGUGCACAGAGCGAGCACCAGGCUCCCAGCAGAAUCACCUCCUUCGAGCUCCCCACGAGUGAAGAGACCUCCCCCUGCUCCCCCCACCGUGUUGCCGUCAUUUACAGGAAGCAGACCGGGCUUGUACAAGGAAGGCCAGAGUGCAGCCGCCGACACACUCACGUGGAGUCGGCCAGACCAGAGGAAAGCGUGUGACGAAGCCCGGUUCCCCUGGGGGUGACUUUUGGCCACACUUCUGCAUGUCCUGCCACCUGCCGGCGCCCCAGCGUCCCCACCUCACUGCCCCGCUAGCGCGCCCAGCCUCCCGGGUGCUGGCGACUCCCGAGGGCGCGCUUCGGCCUGGACCCGCCCCCCACCCCAGUGGACGCAGCUGGACCCCCCACAACCGCGUGCUCACCACUCGGCUCACGCUGCGAACCCCUUGGCCUCCCCUGCGGCCCCACACGCACUCGAGAUCCCGUGGAGACCUGCCCGCCCCCACCUCCGCUGGCUGCCAGUGGCCCCCAGGGUCCCCCUGCACCCUGUCCGCCGACCCGCCUGCCACCGCUCCCUAGUCGCCUCCCCUCACGGCUCAGCCACACUGGGCUCCCGUCGCGCACUUCUGCCCCAGGGCCUCGGCACUCGCUGGUCUCUCCCAGAGAUCAGCAAGGCCCUCUCCCUGAACCUUUGGUUUUUGCUCACGUCACCUCCCUGGCCACAAGGCUUCCUGCUUGCUCCUUGCCCACUUUAUUUUCCUUAGUGCUUCCUCAGUCCGAGCUGCCCAGGAUGUCCAUCUUGUCACUCCGUCCCUCUACCAGGACAGAAAUUCGACAAGGGCAGGGCUUUCUGUGUUCACUCAACCCCGAGGGGAGCUCGGCCUCGGCCCCCAGGUGUUUGUCAAACCAGUCACUGGGGUUCAGGACGAGGAGCAGUGCCUCUCUCCCCUCCCCCCACCUCAAUACGGGAGACCCACAGGACAAAAGGCCAAGCAGCAAGACCGCAGAAAGUUCACGAAGGAAACGGAGCCCACGUGGGGAAAAGGAGGUUCCCUAAACAAAGCUCACUGCGCUCCUUUACGUUCCUGAGCACUGACGUGAUCUGAAAAAGACGCCAUUUACGACAAGAACAAAGUAGACUGGGACUGACGUUCCCGGAGAACCGACGUCUGGGAAGGAAGCCGUGACACCCGUCGUCACCCAGGCAAGUGCUGCGUGGCGCUCUGCCUUCCCCUGGGUCGGGCAGGGAGUCUCUACUUCCUUGGAAUUUCCCACAUGGUCACAGCAGCCUCGACACACCUGAAUUUACCUUAACGCGGUCACUCGAGGGGGACAGUCCUACCAGAAGGACCCACCCGGUGGCAAGAGUUCACUCGCAGGGCCAGGGAUGACGCAGUGACCCCGGAGCACCUCAACACAGGCUCACGUGUGCCACAGCGGGCACAGCACACGUUCCGGGCCCUGUUUGCUUGGCUGUGCCCGUUAUAAUCACACUGCGAAAUCAUCACGGUGGCACUCCUCUGAGUUCUAGGAGCCAUGCUGGUGACCUACGGAAGGUGAGGGGUCAGUGGGAAUGCGUGGAAGUCGCAGCCAGGUGGCCAGAAGGGCAGGAGGCCUGGGGGGGCCCGAGCUUACAGCCAUCUGAGGGGACAGUCUCUUUGGGGACCGCGAGCCUCAGUCACAGGGCCACGCGGACACUGGCACUACACGAGUUUUAGCAGCAGGAAGAGCAGCAGAGACCCUAAUGCCAGAGGGGGGGGCAUGUCCAUGGCCUGACACUUGUCACAAGUCCAGAAAUCCGGUGAACCCUAUUCCGGCCCAAACCACAGCCGUCAAUACUCUAACGUUCGUACAUACGGGCAAAGGGCCAGGUGGGGCCGUGUCCCUUCCUAGAAAUGAAGACUUAUUCUAAAGCUGUAGUAAGGGGGAAUGUGGGGCCUCAGAACAGGUCUGCACCCCCGGAUGCGGGCCCUCGGGCUGGCGGUGCAGAUGAGCAGGGGCGACGUAAAGUGCCUCCAGGGAGGCAAACCACCGACCGCCGGCGUAACAGCAUCUUCACGUGAAUUACAAACACGAGUGUCAGAAGCAAGCACGUAAACAGGAGGGCAGCAGAGGACGGAAAGUAGGAGACACGAACUUGACUCCAUCAAAGAUUUCUUCAAUAAGACGACAGAGUGUGGAGCGACCAACUCGAACACGUGUGACCGGAGCGCGGCUGACCCUCAACGGGGAAGGUCGGCGAGGAGCAAAGCCAGCAGAACACUGGCCAGAAGCCCGAGGAGAGGCAGCCCGGGGUCGGAAAUGCACACGGCCAGCCUCCCCCGUCCCCGCCGGUUCUCGUGCAGCCUCCACGGAGCGCCCCGCUCGCUUCCGGGGGGCCGCAGACGCCAGCACACGCGAGGCCCGCGGAGCAGCCCCAGGGCGGUCCACACCCUCGUGCGGCGGACAAGACUCCUCCACCGGAUGGGCCAACACCUUCUCCCGCGUGGAAGUGCCCAUCCUCCACGGCCAGCUGGGGCCCACGUGAGAUCGUUUGAGCCGCGCCACAGCCCAAGAGCCAGUGGGGGUGGCCCAGCGGGUCCCACCACCAAGGACAACGUGUGCAAAGGGAGUUGCUAUCCGGGGCUCCUGGGGUGGGGAGAGGCCGGGUGCAGGGGCGCGCUUCUGUGUUCGUACGUUUCAGAAACGUUCAUUUUUCUUCUUUGGCAUCUGAAUGUGCAGCCGGUAACACGCAAACUAAGGAAACACAUCCCCAUGGGGUGGGGGGGAGGUGGGCUGGGGAGGCGGUGGCCGUGGGGUCCCUGGCUACACGAGAACUGCUCACGCACAGGGCCCGGCCGGAGGGGGCACAGCAGAGGGCCACACCGGAUACCCGCGCUCUCCGGUACCGACAGGCCUCGCAAAGCACCACGACGCAUCCUGAGACGCCCACGCCACUACGCCCAGUUGGCGGUACAGAGCUACACAAUGAAGCAUCUAGAAGGACCCACAGAAACCCCAUUCCCUGACACACCUGGGGUCGCAGGGGGGCUGAGGCUCCACCUAAGGCAUCCUCCUCUUUGGACAAGGGUGACUGCUCCCCGGCCGCACGGCACCGUGGCCACACGGGCAGCUGCGGAGCCAGGACCUGUGCAGGUCCUUGGCGACCGGAGGCCGUCUGAGGAGAGUGGCGGGAGACAACCUCAGCUGGACGAGAAGCACUAACCGUGGGCCGUCCAGCAGGAGAGGGUGGGGCAGGCAGGGCCUCGGGCGCCGUGCGUCGCAAGGCAGAGCCGAGCGGAGGAGGUCGGGUCGGAACCGGGAAGACCUCCGGGUGCACACGUGAGCAGCCCGUCCUGCCCCCGGCUGGGCCCCGAGCCUCAUCCCUCCCCGUCCCGCCUCUGGGUCCUCCCGCUACCCCCACCUGGGCUGAGGCUCAGUGCAGCCAGAGCCCGCCCUGCUCCCCCAGCCCGGGUCUGGCCUGUGGCGGCUGGCUAAGGAGAUGGCCGCUGCCUGGGACAGCGGCUUUCGGGGUUUCCUCCGGCAAAAGCAGAGGGAACUCAGGGCAAGGACACGCAGGUCAGGGACCUGGCCUCCCCGCACUUCGGCCAGGGCAAAGGUGAUGGGGGCCUCUCCCUGCAGGGGGGCCAGAUGGAUCAAACCUCAGCGGGGGCGGCAAGGUGCCGGCGGUCGCAUCGGAGAGCUCCUUCAUCCACACGAGGCACGGUAUCCACACCUGUCCCUGCGGGUGGCCCAGGACCAGGCACCCAGGGAUCGGGGCACCGUGGGGCGGAGGCCCCAAGCACAGAAACGCUGUGUCAACGAACCCUUCACUGCCCCGGCCCAGGCCGGUGCCCCCGGCGGGGCUGGGGUUCUACUCCACGUCCACAUGGAAACGGCUCUGUGAAGAGGACACCACAGGACCCACCAGAGAAGGAGGUGAGGGCGACGCCGUCCCCCAGGCGUCCUGCUCUGGGGGGCAUGGGGCGGGGAGGGGGCCGGCGCUCACAGGGCACCAUGUGGGGCUCACACGGCGAGGACCAGGGCCCCACCGAAGGCCAGAGAGAACAGAGAGUCCGCAAGCAGAGCAUCGGGGAAUAAUACACUUUCUAGACUUCUCUUAUAAAUAUGCAUUAGAACAUCUGAUAACAUGGGCAAAGGGCUAUGAAAUUAAUUCAAAAUUAAGUCAAGAUUGAAUUUCCUGCACUCCUGGCAGGAAAUUCACCUAAAACAUCUGAACACCCAAAAUGUGCUUGAAGGCGGCAGCGGCCACGGGCGCCCCAGGCCCUACGGCCACCUCAGUCCCGGGGCACCUUGAAAUGGUCCUUCUCUUUGCGGAUGGCCCUCAUGGUGGUCACCGGGUCCGUCUCGCCAGCAUGCUGCUGCACCGUCUUCUCUCUGCGGAAGCCGAAGGCCAGGCUGCAGGCCGCACGUGGUGCCCCCCGGCCCACCACCCGCCCCAGGGCCCCAGGGAAGAAAAGAGCAGGCAGAAGUGGGGACAUUCUUCAAAACGAAAGGCCGGCACUAACGGCCAACUCGCGUGUUCCUAACGGUAGGAGGCCUGCUGGCCAAGCCGUCCUGCCAGUGACCCAGAGACGGGGGACACGGACUCCACGCUGGCUCCCGGCAGCGCCCCGGUGACAGAGCUCCACGAGAUUCCCGGGGACCGUGCCUGCCCACCCGUGGAUCCUGACUGCGGUGUCAGAAAGGACCCCACACCCUGGCCACGUGUAAGGAGAGCACCCCUGACAAAGCCGCCUGCUUCCUAGGCUCAGGGCACUUGUUAAGACCCCGUGGGGUCGCCUGAGCCUGAGCUGCAGGGACUGGUGAGUGGGCCCCCGCUGGCGGCACGAGGGCGACCCAGAGGUGCCCACGCCCCUCACCUCACUCUCAUGAAUGGGUUGUAGGUGAACUCCUCCGCGAUGGUGGACGGCACUGUGGGCUCCCCGAUACCGUACUUCUCCUGCAGAGGACAGAGGUCACGUGAACACGGAAACGUCUAAAGGAACAUUUCAGAGUACUUUCUAAUCUUAAAAUAUCAUCCAACUCAGAAGGCAAAGUGAACGGGGUCAGGUCAGUGCAAGGACGGGCCCCUUCCCGCUGUGGAGAUGCGAGCGUCCCGGCCACCACCGACAAGUUGUCCCUUCUCCCCUUGCUGUCCUGGAAGUGGAGGGGGACGUGAAAACUUUUACGCUGAUAUGAAGUGUGUGUUUUACAUGAUAAAAUAACCAGCAAAAACCCAGAAAACGCAGAAGAAAACACCACCAGCCCUGCACCAAGACCAGUCAUGGGCCUCGCACAGCUCACUGCUUGCAAGAGCGAGGUGACAGGUGCCCGUGGUCCCUGCCCUGGGCUCACAGCCCCUCUAGAAGGCGGCAAGCUCUCGUCACAGGCUCCCCAGGAGAAAAACCCAGGACGAGCCCUCCGGUCGGGAUGGUUUCACUCCUGAUCAGCACCAUCUGGCCCACUGGUCACUCCUGUACGGACCUGUGCGGGAUGUCAGCUGGCAGCUGGGGGUCUCCGCCCUCCCUGCGGCCCCUGCCCUUCUUCUGCCGGGCUGAUCUCGAGGGCCACAGGGUCAGAGCUUGGACAGCACCUGUCAGCACCCACACGCAGGGCCCUCAGACCCGAGGGUCCCGGUGCCACCCCCAAACGUGACCAGUGGUGGCAAGAGGUGAUCCUUCAACCGCUGGUGGGAUGCCAAGUAGGGGUCUGGCGGGAGGUCAAGAUGAAGGCUUGUCACUCAUCUCUGAUCCUCCCCUUCUGGUGAAAACAAGCUGGGUGUUUUAGAAUAUUCCCUGCUUCCUCCAGUAUUCACUCUUCCUGAGAAUUCCUUCUCCACCUCCUAUGAGGGAAGGAAACAAGUUAACACUUCUAAGGAUAAUUCUAAAACACGUCUUGACACGUAGAGUCAGAGAACCAUACACGGUCAUCACCUUGUAGAUUAUCUAUUAAAAUGAGUGCUGGGGCGCCUGGUUAAAUGUCCGACUUCAGCUCGGGUCAUGAUCUCACGGUUGGAGUUCGAGCCCCACAUCAGGCUCUGUACUGACAGCUGAGAGCCUGGAGCCUGCUUCGGAUGCUGUGUCUCCCUCUCUUUCUCUGCCCCUCUCUCAAAAAUAAGUGUCAAAAAAAAUUUUUUUUUUAAUGUUUUUUGAACUUGGGUAAAGCAAAUAUUUCUUAGAUAAGAGACAAAAAGUAUGAACCAUAAAAAAGUUAAUACGCUGGACUUGAUUAUCAAAAUUAAAAAUGUUUGCUCUUCAAAAAACAUUGUCAAAAAAAUAAAAGGCAAUCCACAGAACGAGAGAAACCAGCCGACAGAGGACUUGCGUCCAGCAUAUACUUACAAAAUUCUCUUGUGAUCGAAAAUUAGUUCAAAUUUUUAAAUGGCCAAAAGAUUUGAACACACAGUUCACAAAAUGGCCAAUAAGCACAUAAAAAGACGCUCAACGUUUUGAGACACUAGGGAAAUGCAAGCUAAAACCACAAUGCGACUGCACUACGUACCCAUUAGAAUGACUAAAACCACAAUGAGUGACGAUGCCGAGGGCUGGCGAGCUUGUGGAACGAGUGGAACUCUCACACUCGGCUGACACGAACGUAAAGUGACAGCCACUUAGGAAGCCAACUCGGCACUUUCUCUACAAGUCAAACGUACACCGCUACCACGUACCCGUUUCACUCCUAGGUAUUUACUCGAGAGAAACGAAAGGGUGUGUCACACACGGAUUUGUGCGCAGAGGUUCACAGCAGCCGACGCCCGGAAACAGCACAAACGUCUACAGACGGGGGAACGGAUACACCCAACAACGGAAUACUGCUCGGCGGUGAAAGGAAUCAACUCCUGACACGCAGCAGCAGGGGUGCACCUCCGAAUCCUGCUGCUGAGUGAACAGGAGACCGUGCAUAAGGUACCUUCCAUUUACACGAUAUUCUAAAAACCGCAACAGCUCUAGGGCACCCAGCAGAUCGGUAGGUGUCCGGAGCCGCGAAGACAGUGAGGUGUGAAGAAGCCUUUCGGGGGUGGUGGAACGUUCUGUGUCUUCAUCAUAAUGGUCGUCGUUUCAGUGGUGUCAGUUUAUCUGUCAGAAUUCACUUGGCCCUUCACUUGAAACGGAUGCAGUUUAUCACAUGUGAACUGUAGCACCACAAAGUUGACACUCGAGAAAGACAGCAUGAAAACCGUCAACAAAUUUGAAAACCUUGACAAAAUGUACACAGUUCCUUGAAAGACAGAAGCUGCUAACAAAAUGGACUCGAGAAGAUGCAAACAUCUAAGAGCCCUACACAAAAGACAGACACCACUUCUAACAACAACGAUGACAUCUUUCCACAAAGAGAAUUCAACGUCCAGAUGGUUCCAAUGGUGAAUUCUAACAUUAAAGGAAAAAACAGUAUCACACAAAGAUUCUUUCAGAAAAUACGAGGAAACACCUUCCGAGUCACUUAAUGAGGCCAGCUCUGCCCCAGUACUGAGACCAAAGACGUUACAAGAAAAUAAAACUACAGGCCAAUAUCCCUUGUGAACACAGACACAGAGGGACUGUGGCAGCGUAACACAGCAUGACAAAGUCUGUCUAGAAAGCAAGGUGGGUUUAACGUUUGAAACCAACUGAGGGGGCACCCGGGGGGCUCAGCCGGUUAAGCACCCGACUCUCGGUUUCUCAGGUCAUGGUCUCACAGCUCGUGGGAUCAGGCCCCGCAUCAGCACGGAGCCUCUCUCUGCCUCUCUCUCCAAAGAAAUUAAAAAAAAAAUGAAACCAAUCAAUGUACCCCACCAUAUUAACAGUAAAAACAAAAUAUGGUUACACACUAGAGAAAAAGUCAGUUUGCAGAAUUCAACACCCACUCGUGAUUAAAACUUUCAGAAAACCAGGAAUGGAAGGGAACGCCCUCAACCUAAGAAAGAUCACAAAAAACUUGCAGCUAACGUACGGGUGACACACCGAAUGCUUCCCCUCCGAGACCGGGAACAAAGCAGAGGUGUCCGCUCCCACCGUCUCUCUUCGGCAUCGUACCGGAGACCGCAGCCGGUGUGAUUAGGCCAACAAAGUAAAUAAAAGGCACAUCAAUCAGAAAAGAAGGAAGAAAAGUGUCUCUUUAGCCGAUGACGUGAUUGUGUGCUAAGAAAUCUACGAAAAAGACGCUAGAAUAAGGGAGCUUAGCAAGGUCACGAUACAAGAUCAAACAAGUAUCAUUUGUGUUGCUGAAGACUUCAACAAUAAUCAUUUUCAGCCAAAUACAAAAAUGUGAAGUACUUAAGGAUACAUUUAACAACCUGCACAGCUUCUUUAGCAACGAAGAUUAUAAAAGACUGCCGAGAGGAACUGAUGACCUCAGUAAAUGGAAAGAGUAUAUUCAUGAAAAGACUCAAUACUGUGAAGAUCUCAGUUCUCCAAAUCUUUUGUUGCAUCACAGUCCCCAUCAAAAGCCAAGCUGACUUUUUUGUAAAAAUUAACAAGAUCCUAAAAUUUCUAUGGAAAUGCAAAGCGCUUCAAAGAGCCAAAACCAAUUAAAAAAAAAAGACCACAGUUGGAGGAUU